AGUAGGUUCACUCAGAUUCUGGGAAUUGAAUUUAGGUUUCGCUGAAGGUUGUUACUAGAUAGUGAUCUAUAAUAGUAUGUUGCAUUCGCAAAAAUUAGCCUGAUCUACUGAAAUGUUGUGUCUGAAAGGCGUUUUGUUGUUUUGGACUCUCUGUCAUGUCCUCAGACAAGCAUGGUCUGAGGAUGAGCUGUUAUCUCCACGGAACGUGAGCGUUGACUAUGCUGUGCAUUGGAGCCCCGCCACAGACAGCCCAGGGAUAAAGUACACGGUUCAGUACAGGACCAGUGACAGCGAGAAGUGGCACAACAUUUCGGGCUGUGUUCAGACCGAGCUCACCACCUGUAAUAAACUGUCCGGGCUGGGAUGUGUGAUGGUGCAAGUCCUGGCUCAGGAAGGCAACCGCACAUCCAGAUCCGUCGAAGCCUGUCGCCAUGCUGAUUCUUGCAGCCCUGAAGUCCAGUUGACCUCCAAGGAAGGACUUCUGAUAGUAAACAUGGUAAAGAACAACCGUCUACGGGAGGAUAAUGGAGAUAAUUUUAAAUACAACGUUCAAUACGGCAGAGACGGGGAGGAGCUCAAACAGGUUCAGGACUCCACCACAUCCCAUUUGACCAUCAAAGAUCUGGAUGUGGGCCGGAGGUACUGUGUACAGGUCCGGUAUUUAUGUUACCACAAACCCUUUGGAACUCCCAGCACUCAACAUUGUGAGUCCAUCCAAGAGUCAGAAUGUGUGUUAUCUUCCUGUACAGAAAGGACACGGAAAAAGAAUAUUGUGACGAUCAGUGUGACCUUCACCCUCCUGUUGGGUGUCUUGGUAGUGGGCCUUACGCUCUUCAUCUACAGGCACCAUAAGAAAAUCAAACAGUUCCUUCAGCCCCCACUACGGUUACCAGACCACUAUUGUGAGUACCUGUCAGGGGAUUUCCCCCAGCAGGCCCUGUCCCUCACAACUAGUCCCUGUGAAGAACGCCAUGAUCUCAUCUCCAUCGUCUGCCGUGAAGAGGACCUGUCGGACUCCUAUCUGUUUCCUGAGUCUGACAGAGAACAGGAUUAUGACUCACCUAACAGACUGGAUUUAUUAGAUCAUGAAGAAUGAUCUGUUGAUCCUGUCACUUCAGACAUGACACUUUUGCACUCCAUUAGGAUUUGAGAUGAACUUGAUAGCGUCAAUACAUUAACUAGGGGCGGCAUGUAGCCUAGUGGUUAACGCGUAGACAAGGUAAAAAGUCGUUCUGCCCCUGAGCAAGGCAGUUAACCCACUGUUCCCCGGUAGGCCGUCAUUGUAAAUAAGAAUUUGUUCAUAUUUACAGCUGAUUUGCCAAGUGAAAUAAAGUUUUCAUUUUUUUUAUUUUAAUUAAAAUAAAAUAAAAACUAUAGUAGGCCUGGCUAUUACACUGUUUCCACUCCGAAGGCCUUGUCUAGCAUCAGCUACCAACAUUAUUGUUGAUCAAAAGAAACUAUGUUACAAUAAAGUAAACUUCUGUGGGUAUUUUAGUUUGUUCUGCAACCGAGGCCAGAGAAAGAUGCUUGUGUCUCAGUAAUUACACCUACCCAGUAAUGACUGGAUAUUCAUUGGAUAAUAAUAGGUGCAAUCAGGUAGUUCAGCUAAAAAUAGAACGUAAAUAGAACAUUUCUAAUUCGUUUUAGGAAAGUGCAUUGCUGAGGUUUUCUGGAAAAGUAAGAAAGUGUCCUUGGGCCAGGACUUAAAUUGAGCAUUUUUUGUUUGUAACAUUACUGCUGUAUAUUACAAAUCUGUACAUUUCAAACUAUUUCUUUAGUAUUAAAAAAUAAUUAGAAAGUUUAAUGGGGUACUCUGGGAUUUAAGCAAUGCUAACUACCGUUAGUGCAAUGAUUGGGAAGUUCAAGGGUAUCUGCUAGCAGGUAAUUUCACGAACCAAUUAAAUUACAUUUUCCCCUGAGGUGUAUGUAUGUUCAAAGUUGGUUAUGUCUUAAGUGUAAAAGUUUGUUGAGACCUAUGCUGUCACUUUAUACAAGCGUUGUACUGAUUAAAUGUGUUUUAUUUUAUUUUAUAUUGAUUGUAUUUCUUCUGUCAAUUCCUUUAUUACUUCAUGCUGUUCAUAAAGUUUGGACACAUUCAAGGGUUUUUCUUUAUUUUUACUAUAGUGAAGACCACAAAACACUGAAAUAACACAUAGAAUCAUGUUGUAACC